AUGGCGGCCAGGCGUCAAGAAUUCGAUUUAUUUCGUGAUGCAUUGGAUUACGGACUAAAAAUAAUUGGAAAAGGAGAUUUAAAGUUAAAAGAAAAGCAAUACCAAGUACUAGAAGCCAUUUUAAUUGGAAAAGGAGAUUUAAACUUAAAAGAAAAGCAAUACCAAGUACUAGAAGCCAUUUGUCUUAAAGAAAAAGACGUCUUAGCUAUUCUCCCAACUGGAUAUGGGAAGUCUUUGAUUUACCAAGUUUUACCUCCAGUUAUGGAUUUUUUAUCUAGUUAUAACAUCAAUCUUUUAAUUAAUACUACUAAGCGUACUGUAAUUGUCAUAUCGCCUUUGACUGCAUUGAUACAAGAUCAAGUAUCAAAACUGAAGGAAUCUGGACUGAACGUUUGUUUGUUGAAAGGGGAUCGUGUCACGAAGGGAGUUGACGAGAAAGAAAGCCAACCACUUGACUGUAUGCUAAAUAUUUUUACUAAUGUGCCAGUAAUGGGUCUCACAGCCACUACAACCAAGAAAGCUAGAAGUGAGAUAGUGGCAUCUCUUGGUCUUAUUGACCCAAUUAUAAUUGAAAGUAACCCUGACAGAAAUCUUGACAGGCAUAAACUUGAUUUCCCUUUGACUAUUGUCUUUGGUAAUCUUGAAACAAUUUCAAAUUGUUUUGCAUAUAUGAGUGAGAAAAUGGGGAAAAGACAAUACCACCCCUUAGGGUCUUUAGAAAUGGCAAGUAACAGGCUUUUUACACAAUACCAUGCGCAAUAUCCAGUACAUGAGAGAGAGAAAAUUGUUGAUGGUCUACUUUCUGGAAGCUCAAAGCUGAGAAUCAUAUUUGCAACUAUUGCUUUUGGGAUUGGCCUUGAUUUGAGAAAUAUAAGAAAUGUCAUUYACACAGGGGUGCCAUAUACACUGGAAGAAUACUUCCAGGAAGCUGGGAGGGCUGGGCGCGAUGGCCUACCCUCCAAGGCAAUCAUCUACUAUAAUUCAUAUGAUAUAUCCAGAGCAAAAACAAAAAUUGUCGGAAGAGAUGAGAAU